AUGAACAGACAAGUCUGCAAGACAUCUGGUGGUGGGAGCCAGGGCUUCUCCGGCCGCUCUGCUGUGGUCUCUGGCAACAGCAGGAUGAGCUGUGUGGCCCGCUCUGGGGGAGCUAGUGGAGGGGUCUGUGGGUUCCGGAGUGGGUCAGGUGGCUUUGGCAGUCGCAGCCUCUACAACCUGGGUGGCAACAAGAGCAUCUCCAUCAGUGUGGCAGCUGGAGGCCUUGGUGGAGGGCGUAGCAGCUGUGGCAGUGGCUUUGGGGGCAGCUAUAGAGGUGGCUUUGGUGGUGGCUAUGGAGGUGGCUUUGGUGAUAGGUUUGGUGGUGGCAGAGGAAUGGGAGGUGGCUUUGGGGGAGCUGGUGGCUUUGGAGGGGCUGGUAGCUUUGGUGGGCCUGGUGGAUUUGGCCCUGGUGGUUUUGGUCCUGGUGGCUUCCCUGGGGGAAUCCAGGAAGUGACUGUCAACCAGAGCCUCCUGCAGCCUCUCAAUGUGGAGAUCGACCCCCAGAUUGGGCAAGUAAAGGCCCAGGAGAGGGAGCAGAUCAAGACACUCAACAACAAGUUUGCUUCCUUCAUCGACAAGGUGCGAUUCCUGGAGCAACAGAACAAGGUCCUGGAGACCAAGUGGAACCUGCUUCAGCAGCAGGGCACAAAUUCCAUCACAGGCACCAACAACCUUGAGCCUCUUUUCGAGAACCACAUUAACCACCUGCGGAGCUACCUGGACAGCAUCCUUGGAGAGAGAGGCCGCCUGGACUCAGAGCUGAGGAACAUGCAGGACCUGGUGGAGGACUUCAAGAGGAAAUAUGAGGAUGAAAUCAAUAAACGUACAGCUGCUGAGAAUGAAUUUGUGACACUGAAGAAGGAUGUGGACGCCGCCUACAUGAACAAGGUGGAGCUUCAGGCCAAGGUGGACACCCUGAUGGGUGAGAUCAACUUCAUGCGGACCCUCUAUGAUGCGGAGCUGUCCCAGAUGCAGAGCCACAUAAGCGACACAUCUGUGGUGCUGUCCAUGGACAACAACCGCAACCUGGACCUGGACAGCAUCAUUGCUGAGGUCAAGGCCCAGUAUGAGGAGAUCGCCCAGAGGAGCAAGGCCGAGGCUGAGGCACUGUACCAGACCAAGUUGGGUGAGCUGCAGACCACAGCCGGCAGACAUGGCGAUGACCUGAGGAGUACCAAGAGUGAGAUCACGGAGCUCAACAGAAUGAUCCAGAGGCUGCGGGCUGAGAUUGAGAAUGUCAAGAAGCAGAAUGGCAACCUGCAGACAGCCAUCGCGGAAGCUGAGCAGCGUGGGGAGAUGGCACUCAAGGAUGCUAACGCCAAACUCCAAGAGCUGAAGGCUGCCCUACAGCAGGCCAAGGAUGACCUGGCCCGCCUGCUGCGUGACUACCAAGAGCUGAUGAAUGUCAAGCUGGCUCUGGAUGUGGAGAUUGCCACCUACAGGAAGCUGCUGGAAGGCGAAGAAUGCAGGAUGUCUGGAGAGUGCCAGAGUGCUGUCAGCAUCUCCGUGGUGAACAGCAGCAGCACGACUUCGGCCUCGGCAGGGGGUUACGGAGGCGGUUACAGCGGUGGCUUCGGCGUGGGAGGCGGCGCAGGCGGCGGCUUUGGCCGGGGUGGCAGCGCUGGAUUCGGCGGCGGCAGCGGAUUCGGCGGCGGCGGCAGCAGCGGUUUCAGCAGCGGUUUCAGCAGCGGCAGCGGCUUUGGCUCUGGCUCCGGCUCCGGCUCCGGGGGUCGCUGCGGAGUCAGUGUCGGAGGCUUCAGCUCAGGCGGCAGCGUCAAGCUCUCCCAGUCCUCCCAGCGCUACCCCAGAUAA